GCCAUCUGCCACAAAAACGAAUUCCGAUGUGUUGUUUUGUUUUCCCCUUCAAUCACACAUUUCCAUCAACAUGAAUCAGCCCUUGUAAACAAGGGUCCCGCCAUAUUUGUUUUGAAGAAGAGAUAAACACCUCAGCGGAUUCUUCAUCUAACAUUUAACCAUUUCGACUGUUUCUUUACAAAGCAAAGUAGUUGUGAGUGAUGCCAAAUCUAACGCCACAUAAGGUACCGCGCCGCUCGGCGUCUGACCCUCUGAAGCGUAACCAUAAUACAACGUACAACUACGCCUUCCCGAAGAAGAAGAAGUUAGCGCCACGUUCAAGUCUUCAGUUCAAGAUUGGGCCGCCGUUUGCUCCUACAAGGCAUGUUCGGCCAGUGUUCAACUCCCUUGGAAGAAUCGUUGAACCUGUGCUUAACCCAAGAAUCGACAGAGGGUUCGAGGUUCUCUACAACGAGUGGGUUGGUUAUAAGAGAAACUACUUCACUCUGGUGAGCACGUUUCUGUUCGAUGGUGUUUCAUUUGGAGCAUUUGCUGGUGAUGAGUAUUUUAUACAAAAUGAAGAGAGGAAUACGCUUGUGAAGCAUAAGAUACAAUAUUUUGGUAUCCGCAUAGUGGCCAAAUCGCUGGACGACGGUACGAUUGUGAAUUUGGUUCAACAUACAGCAAAGAGAGAUAGAGGACCACAGUUCAGUCCCAAGGUUCAAAUUGUAGUUCCUGGAACGCUCCCAGGUCAUUCAGUUAUUAAAGAGGCUGCGAAUGUUAGAAACCUCGGCAAGAUUGCCAAGUUGAACGAAGUCUUCUUCUUUGAUAGAGACAAGCACAAAGACAGCUAUAGCAUUAGUGGGUUGGACUCGUACCCAGAAGACAAGAUCAUGAAAGUUGCUCGAUUCGAGAGGGUUCAGUUCUCGCUGUCGAUCAACUAUAAAAAGCCUUCAUUGAGCUCAAAACGAUUCAAGUUGGUUUUUGAGCUUGUUGGGUUUCUCAAUGAUAAGGACUUCGUUGUUUUAACAUAUAGAGAAACACCUCCUUUGAUCAUUCGGGGACGAUCACCUUCCAAUUAUUCAGGUUCUUCUACACUGCAACGUUCUGUUAAAGAACCUGUAGAGUCUGAUGCGACAUAUGACUCUGGGAUGCAGUCAGUGUCCUUUCCAGCCGAUGACUAUGAAACUUUUGAGAUUCUUAGGGAAGCAAAUGAUCAGAUGAAUCUGGAGAGUGUGCUUGGUGAUUCAAAUCAGAAUAAGAAGAGAGGAGGCAGAAGGCCAAAGUCUACAAAUUCAGGAAAGAAACAAGAUAUCACGCCUAUGAUGGUAAAGGAUACCGAACUGAAGGCAAAAGGAUUUCCCAACAAAGAUAUUUUAUGCUAUUCGCAAUAUAUGCCUUCACAAAAUAUCCUAUCCGAGAUAUCUGGAAAUAUAAUGGGGCAGUGUCAUGUCAGCGAGUCACAUCCAGCUUGGGAUAGGGCAAUGGAUCCCUACUCUCAUCUACCCUCAGUGUUCACUAUGAACUCUUCUAAUGAGAGGUUAAGGUUAUGUGAUGCUCAGAGUUAUGAACAAGAGCCGUACAACUCUUCGCACUGUAGCUUUGGUCUCGUUGAUCUUUUUGAUGGUCAGCAGGAAACAGUUGAUAAACCACAUGAUCAAAAAAUUACAUUUCCCAUGAGCACUGAGGACGAAAAUGAAUAUGGACCUUCCAUGAAGAUUGUACGUGAUCAGAUCGAUCCUGAUUUGUUAUUUGAAAAUGACCUCAAACUAAUGAAAGAGCUGGGUGUUAAAUUGGAUGAACACGAGCCUUUCAACAACUCAUCACAUCACUUCGAAGAAUUCAUUUACACAAAGUCAGAUAUUUACGGUGGGAAAGGUGAGAUCCAGAAUUGCGAUGAACUCAGACGUUUCCCAUCGUUCUUUGACGAAUAGGUGGUGAUGAGCAAUUGUUUUCGUGCUACAUAUAUGGUUUGGCGAACUAAUGGGGCGAUGAGCUUUUCGGUAAGGCCACUUUACGGUGGUAAAUUUUCAGUCCAUUAAUACAUAGCAAGAAG